AUGAAAAUAGGAGUAGGGUGUAGACAAGAGUUUGGUGAAGCCGUUUGGUGUUCUAUUUUGAUCAAUGUCAGAGCAAGGAAAGAUAAAGACGAUACCACCAAUGAUCAAAUUAAAUUCUAUCAGGUUAAAGUAAUCAUCAUUUGGAAUGAUUUAUUAGUUGUAAUGAUUCAAAUCUGA